GCCUCUCUGUCAAGAUGGAUUUCCUUCAUAGGAAUGGCGUGCUCCUUAUUCAGCAUUUGCAAAAGGACUACCGAGCUUACUACAGUUUUCUAAAUUUUAUGUCCAAUGUUGGAGAUCCCCGGAAUAUUUUUUCUAUUUAUUUUCCACUUUGGUUUCAACUUAAUCAGAGAGUUGGAACCAAGAUGAUAUGGGUAGCAGUCAUUGGGGAUUGGUUCAAUCUGAUUUUUAAAUGGAUAUUAUUUGGUCAUCGGCCUUACUGGUGGGUCCAAGAAACUCAGAUUUACCCAAAUCACUCAAGUCCAUGCCUUGAACAGUUCCCCACUACAUGUGAAACAGGUCCAGGAAGUCCAUCUGGCCAUGCAAUGGGCUCAUCAUGUGUCUGGUAUGUCAUGGUGACGGCUGCCCUGGGUCACACCAUCAGGUGGAUGGAUAAGUCUUCUACCACUCUGCACAGGCAUGCUUGUGGCAGAGGUCUUUGA